AUCAAUAAUGACAAUAAACUUCAGUUCUUCAUGAAAAUUUACCGAGGAAUUCAUUUCGUUAGAAAUGUGAGAACUGUAGUUCUGGUUCUGACGAAUUCAAAAUGACUUCAUUAAAGCAAGCAUGAAAGAUUUUAGCAAGUAUUAUCACGAUGUGAUUUGAAGUUACGAUGCGAAUGAAUGGCCUUUACAUACUUGUGACAUUCGUUGUUACUGUGAACAGUGUUCUUGUUUCUAAAGCCAGUGUUGAAGAAAGAAACAUUCGGCAAACCAGAUCUUCUGGUAAACGAGACAAUGGGUUGAAAAAUGCUGAAGUUUUGUAUCAUGGAUCAAAAGGCAAACGACACAGCUCACCACUGGCUAAAAACAAUUUUAAAAAACACAGAAACGAUGACAACCAUUUAGCAGAAGAACAUGGACACAAAGAAAAGCUUGCUGCACGGAAGAAGGGAGAAAGAAAGUCAAAGCAUCGUACAGGGGUGCAAAAAACAUCGCACAGAACACGUACACAAGAUUCAGAUGACAUUUUAUCAAAAAUCAAAAAGGAAUAUACUUCAAAACACUCUCGUAAAUCAAUAAACAAGGAAGGGGAUAUUUUUAAGAAUGAUAAACGGUUCAAGGAUAAUAAUCGGGGCAAGGAGAUACAAAUCAAAGAAGCUGGUGGGGGAUCAGAUACGAAGGAAGACAGAUGGAAAAAUAAGAAGGAAAAUGCUGCCUCUGAGGAUGAAAAAGAGUUUCCUAUUUUACACAAGAUACUGUAUGAUAAGAUGAAGGAUAAAAUCAAGAGCAAGCUGGGAAUGAAGAAGAAAGAUGAUGAUGGUAAAAGUGGGGAAAAGGAAGCAACCUCGAGCAAUGAUCACAGUGUUUCGAAUUCAAACAAAAAAAUGCCUGAAACAACAGCAAGCAAAGAUAGUGAGACAUCUGAUAAGAAAGAUGAUAAAAAGAUGAAGAAAAAACAUCGUAAAUAUAACGAUGAUGUUCAUCAAAAAAAGAAAAAGAAACAUCGUAAAUAUAACGACGAUGAUGCCUCGAAAUUCCUCAACGAAACAGAAAUGAGAGCACUUCGCGAUGCUCUGCUUCUUCAUCCCUUUAAUAUUUGGAAGUUUAAAGAUCGUUUCAAUUCAAUGUCUGAUCUUGGUAUCCACGAAGCUUUGCUUCAAGAUGUCGUUGAAAACAGAUGGAAUAGACGACUGAAACAUAAACUAUUUAAAGUGUUUAAAGGCGAGAAUAUUCAUAUGGCUGUUAUAGGAGGAUCAAAUACCGCUGGAGGGGGGAUACAACAGGAUGAAGGGAGAACAGACGGGAUAUUCUUUCGAGUUAUCUUAGACUGGUGGCAAAAGACGAUAACUCCACUAACUGGUUCCCAUCUGAAAACUCGUCAGAUUGCAAUGGGUGGCACAGGAAGUGAUUUCUUUCAAUAUUGCCAUCGUUCGUAUGUUCAGAAGGACGUUGACUUAAUCUUGCUUGAGAUGUCAGUAAAUGAUCUUCAUGAAUUACCGAACAAUGUUAAUUUGAGCCUUCCUAUCGAGCAGCUCACCCGACAACUCUUGGAAUAUCCGACUGAGCCUGCGUUGUUAUACGUCAACCUGCUCAGUGGUCGUUCCUAUUACCAAGGCUGCACGAAUCUCGAGGAUUUUGGCCAGCGGCUGUUGUCGGAUGCUUACGAAGUCACUACUUUCAGUUGGCGCGAUGCUGUUUGUCCUGUGAUUGAUGGAAAAUUCCGCGUUCCUUUGAAAGGCUGCACCGUUAUCUGUAAGGAUGGUCACCAUAUCAAUCAACUCGGACAUGCGCACAUUUCCCUUAUGGUUAUCAAUCUAUUUCGUGAUCUCCUAUUGGAUAAUAUGGAUCACGUGCACGAGCUUUCCCGGCUGGUGUUCCACGAUGAAGUGAUCUUGCCCAAACCUGUCUUUAUUGCCCGACAAAGCAAGGUUAUCACUGACCCAGUAUGCUGGACUACAGUCACUCCGAACUACAAAAGAAAAAUUAUAACAAACGGCAUGGAAGUUGGAGUGAUGGAAAAUUACGGUUUUGACUAUGUUCAUGAUAAAGCUAUUGGCGGUGGACAUUGCCACACGGCAGAAGCAUGCCGCGCAGAUGCGUAUAGCGGAUGGACGGGACAAGAUGUCGGCGCCAGCUUGACUCUCUCGUUUACAGUCCCCCCGCUUGGUCAUAAACGGCGGAUCCAAAGUCGCUCAGUCGUCUUCGCGACGCGGACAUGUUGGAAAUGCGGAGUCGCGGAAGUAUGGCUUGAUGAUGACGUCGUGAAUAGACGACAGAUAAGAGCGCAAAGUCAGUACGCACAGACAUUAUCACAGAUCAUAGCAUUAAGAGUAAACCCCGGCGAUCACACGAUGAGCGUGAAAGUUGUUCAUCCAGGGCUCUUUACCGCAGUGGGGGUGAUGCUGGGGCCACCCGAUGGCCCUUAUUAGGCGGCGGUGGAUAGGGGGAGUGGCGAUUGCACUACUCUAGAAAGACAACAUUAUUAUCAAAAUAUUAGUUCUAAAUGUAAUUUCAGAUCUUGUCUGAAUGGAACUCCAACAUUAAUGAGUCUAGUUAAGAAAUUUUUGUAAAUAGCCAGUAGAACUCUUACGAGUUUUAAUGCAUGAAUAUAAAAAACUUUAAAGUUUUUUUAUCCUAUCUUUUUCCUACCAUAUAAUGUACAGGUCAAACACGCAAGCAUAGUUCUUAUUUUGAUUAGCGCAUUAAUUAAUUAGCAUUUUAUGCGUAUUAGCUUGUUCGCUUUGCUUAGCAAUCAAAGUGACGUAAUACAAAUAAACUUUAAUGUGCAUUGAGUGAACUAUUCGCAACC